AUGUCCACACAUCACCAACCUGCAACCGUUGAUCACCGGGAUGACCACAGACCGCCAGCGGGUUAUCAUAACACCCGACGUGCUUACACCGACAGCCCCAGAGCUCGGAGCCGGGAUAACCUGCUGUCGUACGAUGACUUUGGAGAGGAGAGCUGUUGCUCUGGACGAUGCCUCGGCCCCAACAGUUCUGAGAGACAGAUCUUGGCUCCUCUCAGCGCUGUUAAACGACGCCAGGCCCUCCGUGGUCCUGCCUACAUGUUCUCUGGUCCUUCAGUCAGCCUGUCAGAGGUUGAGCAACGCUUCCUGGAGGCCGCUGAAUACGGCAACAUACCAGAGGUGCGGCGCAUGCUGCUCCACGUGCCAAAGUUGAACGUCAACGCUGUAGACUACAUGGGCCAGAAUGCUUUGCAGCUGGCUGUCUCCAACGAACACCUGGAGGUGACCGAGCUGCUGCUGGGGAGGGCGGAUUUGGCCAGAGUGGGUGACGCCCUCCUUUUAGCCAUCAGUAAAGGUUAUGUUCGAAUCACAGAGACCCUGUUGAGUCACCCUGCCUUCAGAGAUGCCCAUCGUCUGACAGCGAGCCCUGCUCAAGCAGACAUGUUGGAUGACUUCUAUGCUUACGAUGAGGAUGGAACAAGGUUCUCUCAAGAUGUUACUCCAUUGAUCCUCGCCGCUCACUGCCAGGAGUACGAGAUAGUCCACACCCUGCUCAGCAAAGGGGCUUGCAUCGACCCUCCUCAUGAUUACUUCUGCUGCUGCGACUCCUGUAACUACCAGCAGCAGUUUGACUCCUUCAGCCACUCCAGAUCCAGGAUCAACGCCUACAGAGGACUCGCCAGUCCUGCUUACCUCUCCCUGUCCAACGAGGACCCAGUUUUGGCAGCGCUUGAGCUCAGCAAUGAGCUGGCCAUGUUGGCUGAUAUUGAGAAAGAAUUCAAGCACGAUUACUGCUGUCUAUCCAGCCAGUGUAAGGACUAUGUGGUGGGUCUUCUGGAUCUGUGUCGCAGCACCGAGGAGGUGGAGGCCAUACUGAGCGGGGAAACUGAUGCUGAAGACUGCUAUGAUAUACCAGGGCGACCUUCUUUAACACGUCUUAAACUAGCCAUCAAGUAUGAGCUAAAAAAGUUUGUGGCUCAUCCAAACUGCCAGCAGCAGCUGCUGAGUAUCUGGUACGAGAAUCUUCCCGGCCUGAGACAACAAACCACUGCUGUCAAGCUGCUGGUGGUGCUGGCUGUGGCCAUAGGCCUGCCUGGACUUUCUCUGGCUUACUGGAUCGCUCCGUGCAGCAGAGUGGGGAAGGUGAUGCGUAGCCCCUUUAUGAAGUUUGUGGCCCAUGCCUCGUCCUUCACUAUUUUUCUAGGCCUCCUGAUCCUGAACGCUGCUGAUCGUUUUGCUGGCACCACCUUGUUACCAAACAUGACCCACCGUGAGCACCCAGAAGCACCCCAUCUCGACCCUGACCCCCUGCUGCUUUUCCGGAUAACCACCACCUCCUUCACCUGGAUGGAAAUCCUCAUCAUAUCAUGGGUCAUUGGUAUGAUCUGGGCUGAGGUGAAGGAGAUCUGGAGCCAGGGGCCGGGCGAGUACCUGAUGGAACCGUGGAAUUUUCUAGACUUUGGGAUGCUGGCGAUCUUCCUCGCAUCCUUCAGCUGCCGCUUUGCCACCCUGAGACACGCUCACAUUGCCCAGACCUACGUACACAGCCGCCACAAAACACUGAAUAACGUCACACUGCCCCCAGAUAUACACUAUUUCACACUGGCUCGUAUCUACUGGCUGCCGUCAGAUCCUCAGCUGGUGUCUGAGGGCCUGUACGCCGUCGCUGUGGUGCUCAGCUUCUCUCGGAUCGCCUACAUCCUCCCAGCCAACGAGAGCUUUGGUCCACUGCAGAUCUCUUUGGGGAGAACAGUGAAGGACAUCUUUAAGUUCAUGGUCAUCUUCAUCCUUGUGUUUCUGGCCUUCAUGAUCGGCAUGUUCAACCUGUACUCUUAUUAUCUGGGGGCCAAGCAGAAUGACGCCUUUACCACCCUGGAGGAGAGCUUCAAGACUCUGUUCUGGGCUAUAUUUGGACUGUCCGAGGUCAGGUCUGUCGUGAUCAAUAAUGGACACAAAUUCAUUGAGAACAUCGGCUACGUGCUUUAUGGGGUUUAUAACGUUACCAUGGUGAUUGUGCUGCUCAACAUGCUCAUCGCCAUGAUCAACAGCUCGUUCCAGGAGAUUGAGGAUGAUGCUGAUGUUGAGUGGAAGUUUGCUCGGGCUAAACUCUGGUUCUCUUACUUUGAGGAGGGAAGGACGCUUCCAGUGCCUUUUAACCUGGUCCCAAGUCCAAAAUCGAUCCUGGGAUUGUCCAUGGCCAUCAAAUCCCUGCUUCUGCACUUUGUGGCAGGACGCACUGAGGAGAAAACUGAGACACAGCUCAACCAGCUCGGAGAAAACAAGAACUUAGGAUUUGGCUCCUCUGCCAGCCCAACAAGAUAUCAGAAAAUCAUGAAGCGACUGAUAAAGCGAUACAUCAUCAAAGCCCAAGCAGACAGAGAGAGUGACGAGAUCACCGAAGGUGAGCUGAAAGAGAUCAAGCAGGAUAUCUCCAGUCUGCGAUAUGAGCUGCUAGAGGAGAAAUCGCAGAACAUGGAGACACUGGAUGGACUGCUGAGGAGGCUGGGAGAGAUCAGUACUCCUGCAGAGUAGCAGUACAAGUCACCCUGACUUGUAGAUAAAACUGUACAGCUUUAAAAUGUGCCUGUUGUCCAUCCAUGGAUGUGGAUACACUAUAAAAACAUUAUAUGAGAUUAAAAUGUAGCUCCCUAAUGGCAUGGUUGUCUCAUUUUAUCUUUAUAACACAUCAAUUACAGUUCUGAAUUUCAUUGACGUAGCUCUUGUAUAUUUUAGGCUGAAUUCUAAUUAAAAACAAAACUUUGAAUGAAGAGUA